CGCGGCAGCGGCGCCACUCUCAAUAUGGUAGCUGUUUACCCCAUAUUUCUCCUCCCCUCUCUGCCUCUACUUCCUCAUUGUUUUGAAUAAACUUUAUUGACUACUACAAUUUACCACCACCGCCACUGGGCUUCUCCCGGCGAUUUACCGGGUUGUUUUUCUUGAAUCUGGCUGCCGACUGGUCUCAUUCCUCGUUGGGUUGCUCGCGGCUAUCUCCUGCUGGCUCAGCUACAACGCCGCUUGCCCGUUCGCCGGGCAGCCGCCGGACUAGGCCAGAGCCGCGGUCUCCAGUAGGCCCUAACGGGCGGGCCUGCGGGGUGCUGUGGAGAGGGCUGCCCUAAAGCACCGCCGUGCAGACCCAGCGGGUGGUUCGAAGGAAGGCGAGCAAGGUUCAUAGCCUUAUUGUAACAAUCCCAGAAUUCGGCGCGCGCCGCCGGUGGGGCCGGAACUGCCCGCUGAGCCUCCGCUGAGCUAGGCGCCGAGCUGUGCCGAAGCUAGUCCCGCCGCAGGCGUGUCGGUGGGAGUGAAUUCUGCGGGCGUGAGAAGUCCCUGCAGCUUUGGGGAUGAGGAGCCUCCUGUAGGGUUCGGACCGAAGACCUUAUCAGGUUUGGAGCUGAGGAGGUUCCUGUCAGUUUUGGAGGCGUGAAGAUAUUCUCCCUUCAUUCAGAAAGGACUCCUGCUACCACCUUCCACAUCUCUUGACGCCACGAACCUGGCCGGCUGCAGAAGGCUCCAAGGCCAGGCGAAGAUGGCCUCUGUGCCAGUGUAUUGCCUCUGCAGGCUGCCUUAUGAUGUGACCCGCUUCAUGAUUGAGUGUGACAUGUGCCAGGAUUGGUUUCACGGCAGUUGUGUUGGUGUUGAAGAGGAGAAGGCUGCUGACAUUGACCUCUACCACUGCCCCAACUGCGAGGUCUUACAUGGGCCCUCUGUUAUGAAAAAACGCCGUGGAUCUUCAAAAGGGCAUGAUACACACAAGGGAAAGCCGGUGAAGACUGGGAGUCCUUCGUUCAUUCGAGAGCUCCGGAGUAGGACCUUUGACAGCUCAGAUGAAGUGAUUCUGAAGCCCACUGGAAGUCAGCUUACCGUGGAAUUCCUGGAAGAGAAUAGCUUCAGUGUACCCAUCCUGGUCUUGAAGAAGGAUGGGUUAGGGAUGACGCUACCCUCACCAUCAUUCACUGUGAGGGAUGUGGAACACUAUGUUGGUUCUGACAAAGAGAUUGAUGUGAUUGAUGUGACCCGCCAGGCUGACUGCAAGAUGAAGCUCGGUGAUUUUGUGAAAUAUUAUUACAGCGGGAAGAGGGAGAAAGUUCUCAAUGUCAUUAGUUUGGAAUUCUCUGAUACAAGGCUUUCUAACCUUGUGGAGACACCCAAGAUUGUUCGGAAGCUUUCAUGGGUGGAGAACUUGUGGCCGGAGGAGUGUGUAUUUGAGAGGCCCAGUGUGCAGAAGUACUGCCUCAUGAGUGUACGGGAUAGCUAUACAGACUUUCACAUUGACUUUGGCGGCACCUCAGUCUGGUACCAUGUGCUCAAGGGUGAGAAGAUCUUCUACCUGAUCCGCCCAACCAAUGCCAACCUUACUCUCUUUGAGUGCUGGAGCAGCUCCUCUAAUCAGAAUGAGAUGUUCUUUGGGGACCAGGUGGAUAAGUGCUACAGGUGUUCCGUGAAGCAAGGACAGACACUUUUCAUUCCUACAGGUUGGAUCCAUGCUGUGCUGACCCCCGUGGACUGCCUUGCCUUUGGAGGGAACUUCUUACACAGUCUUAACAUUGAAAUGCAGCUCAAAGCCUAUGAGAUUGAGAAGCGGCUGAGCACAGCAGACCUCUUCAAGUUCCCCAACUUUGAGACCAUCUGUUGGUAUGUGGGAAAGCACAUCCUGGACAUAUUUCGAGGUUUGCGAGAGAACAAGAGACACCCUGCCUCCUACCUGGUCCAUGGUGGCAAAGCCCUGAAUUUGGCCUUUAGAGCCUGGACAAGGAAAGAAGCUCUGCCAGACCACGAAGAUGAGAUCCCAGAGACAGUGCGGACCGUACAGCUCAUUAAAGAUCUGGCUAGGGAGAUCCGCCUGGUGGAAGAUAUCUUCCAACAGAACGUUGGGAAGACAAGCAAUAUCUUUGGGCUGCAGAGGAUCUUCCCAGCUGGCUCCAUUCCUUUAACCAGGCCAGCUCAUUGCACUUCAGAGUCCAUGUCCAGGCUGUCACUGCCCUCCAAAAGUGGUUCAAAGAAGAAAGGCCUGAAGCCCACGGACUUCUUCAAGAAGGCAGAGCGAAAGGGCAAGGAGAGCUCAGCCUUGGGGCCUGCUGGCCAAUUGAGCUAUAAUCUCAUGGACACAUACAAUCAUCAGGCACUGAAGACAGGCUCUUCCCAGAAAGCAAAGUUCAACAUCAGUGGCACCUGCUUGAAUGACUCAGAUGAUGACUCGCCAGACUUGGACCUUGAUGGGAAUGAGAGCCCGCUGGCCCUGUUGAUGCCUAAUGGCAGUACCAAGAGGGUGAAGAGCUUAUCCAAGUCUCGGCGAGCCAAGAUCGCAAAGAAAACACAUAAAGCUAGACUGGUGACAGAACAGGUGAUGGAGGAUGAAUUUGACUUGGAUUCAGAAGAUGAACUGCAGAUUGACGAAAGAUUAGGAAAGGAGAAGACGACCCUGAUAAUUAGACCAAAGUUUCCUCGGAAGUUGCCCCGUGCGAAGCCUUGCUCUGACCCCAACCGAGUUCGUGAACCAGGAGAAGUUGAGUUUGACAUUGAGGAGGACUAUACAACAGAUGAGGACAUGGUAGUAGGGGUUGAAGGCAAGCUUGGGAAUGGGACUGGAGCUGGUGGAAUUCUUGAUCUGCUCAAGGCCAGCAGGCAGGUGGGGGGACCUGACUAUGCUGUUCUCACUGAGGCCCCUGCCUCUCCCAGCACUCAGGAGGCCAUCCAGGGCAUGCUGUGCAUGGCCAACCUGCAGUCCUCAUCAUCCUCACCAGCUACCUCCAGCCUGCAAGCCUGGUGGACCGGGGGGCAGGACCGAAGCAGUGGGAGCUCCAGCAGUGGGCUGGGCACGGUGUCUAACAGUCCUGCUUCCCAGCGCACCCCAGGAAAGAGGCCCAUCAAGCGGCCAGCAUACUGGAGAACCGAGAGCGAGGAGGAGGAGAACGCCAGUCUGGAUGAACAGGACAGCUUGGGAGCAUGCUUCAAGGAUGCAGAGUAUAUCUAUCCAUCCCUGGAGUCUGAUGAUGAUGAUCCUGCUUUAAAAUCUCGACACAAGAAAAAGAAGAAUUCAGAUGAUGCUCCAUGGAGCCCUAAAGCCCGUGUGACCCCAACCCUACCAAAACAGGACCGCCCUGUGCGUGAGGGGACCCGGGUAGCCUCCAUUGAGACAGGCUUGGCUGCAGCAGCUGCAAAGUUGGCCCAGCAGGAGCUGCAGAAGACCCAAAAGAAGAAAUAUGUCAAGAAGAAACCUUUGCUGAAGGAGGUAGAACAACCUCGCCCUCAAGACUCCAAUCUCAACCUGGCAACACCAGCCCCUCCUCUGGCCACUACACCCCAGCUUUUCAACCCCCUGCCACCUCCUGAGCCUAAACAAGAGGCCCUGUCAGGAAGCCUUGCUGACCAUGAGUAUACUGCUCGUCCCAAUGCCUUUGGCAUGGCCCAGGCAAACCGCAGCACUACACCCAUGGCCCCCGGUGUCUUCUUGACCCAGCGGCGCCCUUCAAUUGGCUCCCAGAGCAAUCAGUCAGGACAAGGAAAGCGUCCCAAAAAGGGCCUGGCCACAGCAAAGCAGAGACUCGGCCGUAUCCUGAAAAUCCACAGAAAUGGCAAACUCCUUCUGUGAGCCCCCCCUAUACUCCUUCCCCCACCCCUUCACCCCCAUUACCUUCUCCAUUGUCGACUUUUGGGGCACUCCUGGAUCCUGUCUGCCCCAGACAAGGUGCUGAGGUGCAUUGUCCUGCUUUCCUGGGACUGACCAAAGGCAUGGACUCCCCCAUGGACCCCUCCACCAACUUCUCCCAACUCUUUUCCCCACUUCCACUAAAGCAUCCUGCCUGCCUUCUCCGUUCCCCUGAGUAGCAGGUAAAUGGGCAUGGCGUCCAGCUGACAAGAGCCCUCUUUGCUGCUGCUCCAACCCAUUUUCCUUUUACUUGCCUUGUCUGCCCUUUACUCUCGCCACCCUGCCCCAGAGCCAGAAGGCAGCAUGAAGAGAGCCUGGGUCCCUCGGUAUUUCCCUGGUCAUGAAGUGGGAGGCCCAGCACUUGACACUUUCUGCAGUUCCAGUCCUGUCUCCAGAAGCCUGCCUAUUUCUGUCCACUGUUCCUUCCCCUUCUUUCUCCCAGUCUAGUGGACGUGCCCCACCUCCACACUUGUGGAGAAGGGUCUAGCCUCUGCUCCCUCAUGCCAAAUGCUUCAUGGAAAUAAAGAGGCAGGCCCAGAGUGUUCUUACUGCCCCACUGUGGGCCGUUUUCAGAGAUGGCAUAGAAAGGACAUGGGCUGACUUCACUCAUCCUUGAGAAGAAGGGAGAUUCCUGUCACUUCUCAAGGUGGGGAGAGGACAGAUGCCCAUGCCUUUGACCAUGACUUUGCAGCCUAUUGGAGGAAGCUGCUUUUAGGUGGCUACAGGUGAAGCCCCUUGUCCCAGGGUGAGCUCCAGGGAUUUGCCUGGACUUUGAGGUCCUGCAGAACAUUAUCCACAUGGCUGUGGCUGGACCCCAGCAGGUGAAAAGCCAUCUCCCAGAAACCUGAAAGCACCUGUGACUGAAGCAGAUAACCCUGGCCUUAUGGCCUGCUCCCUUCACCUGUAUCACUGAGCACAGCCUAGACCUUCUGGAGGGGUUGUGGUGGGACAGCUCACCCCUGGGUCCACCAUUGGAAACCUCCCUACUUCUUUCCCCACCUGAGGUCUUGGUCUGAAGAAGACUUCAGGACUCACAUCUUCACUCCUGGGCCUUUGCACUUCCAGACGUCAGGUCAGCGCUCAAGCAGAGUUCAGAUGGGCCACUCAUGAGCCCAAGCCUAGUAGAAGAGACGUCCCUCUGUGAAGGAGCGGAUAAUCUGAUCCUCCCCUUCUCCUCUUCUUCCCUUUGUGGAUCCUCUCCAUUGUCCUCUUCCCUCUCCCACCCCACCUCCCUGCCUCCUACCUGUUUUGCCUCACUGGCAAUCUGCACUUGAUGGAAAACCCCCUCUUCUUUCCUUUUUGCCACUGCCCAAGUGGAGUGUAUCUUUGCCCUCUACCCCCCCCCCCCCCACUAUAACCUCACUCCAACUUGCCCAGUGCUUCUGGGGAAUUUAACCAUGCAGGCCACAGGGAAUAUGUGAGGCUUCCCUUGUCUUCUUUGUUUCUCCAGUUUGUCUUUCUUUUCUCCACAGUCCUGCCUCUACUCCCCUUCCUUGGAAUCAGGGGUCCCUCAGCCCCAUUAGCUUUUUCUACAUUGGGGACCCCAGGGGCCAAGCAUUCCUCCAUCUAGUCACACCAAAGGCAAAAUGCCUGGCUACCUCCCCCCAGCACAUGAAGCCCCUACUCCCUCCCCUCUAUUUCUACCCAGCUUUGCUUAUCUUAGGGAUUUGAAGGCAGCAGAGGGUAGUGAGGGGGAGGGAAGGGGAGGCCUGUGUCCCUGUGAAGGCAUCUGCCCCACUAGGUCCUGACUGCUGUAACCAAGACCAGGUCUCCAGCCCUUCUGCCCAUUAACACCCCUCUUGAUCUUUCAAAGGCAGCUAAUUACUAGCAAAUCCCCCUGGUCCCAGACCUCUUGCCCAUUGUUUCUUUGUUAGAAGUUUCUGUGGAGCUGAAGCCCAACCUCCAUUUGACUGGGUUUUGUUUAGUUUGGUUGGGUUCUCAUAAUUUCUUGUUUGUUGUUUUGUGUUGUUUCAAAUGAAAAGCAAGUUUACCCUCAGAGUUACACUUUUCCAAAGAGACUAGUGUGCUUUUUUUGUUUCAUGUUCUAAGUGUUUGAAGUGAGUUGGGGAGGGGUUGGGGGUGAUAGUAACCAAGGUUUAGAACAUGGUAAGAGAGUUAUCUCUGGUCUCCACUCCCUAGCAGAGAGCUGGGAUAGGGGAAAGGGAGAGAGGAUUUCUAUUCACCUUUAAUAUAUUUUUUACAAAAAAAAAAGCAAACAAUUUAAAAAACAAGCCCACCGCUUCUGUACAUGUCUAAAUAUAUUUUUAGAAGUGGGUAGAAUUGUGAAUUUCUGAUGCAGGACCUUUUUAUAAACAGGUUAGAGUAGCAUCAUCCAGACUUCUCUGUUGGUUUUUUUCCCCCCUGCUUUUUUCUUAUGUUGUGUUACUAAUGUAAUUUAUAUUUUUUUUAGAUCCUCCCUUUCCUAUAGAGAUAAAAGUGAUUUAUCUUAGCAAUUGCUUUGCUUGGUCUUUUUUUGGUGGUGGUGGUGGCGGUGGUGGUGAUGGUGAGAAGUGGAGUCCAGGAGUGCCUUCUUGUCUUUGCACAUUCUCUGUCUGUCUCUCCCUCCCUACCAUCAACUCAGCAAGUUGUCCUUGGACACUUCUCUGGUGCCCAACCUUGUGCCUGGGGUGGAGACGGAACAGGAUCCCUGCCUUCAGAAGGAACACAUCCACACACCCAAAACAGGCAAUCAGAAUUGCAGUGGACCAAAAAGAAAGGGUACAACAAUUCAAAGGGACCUGACAGGUUCCUUGGGAGGGCUUUCCAUAGCUUCCACAGGCUGUUUUUAAUGACUCCACCUAUUGUCCUCUUUCUGCAAAUGUGUUUUUUUGUUUUUUCUCUCUUUCUCUGACAUACUACUCCAAGCACUUGUGGUAUAAUUUGGACUUCAUUACUGUGCUUGGGGCCAGUGCAAGGAUAGAAUAUAAUUGUCAGAGCUAAUACCUAACUCUUCCCAGUGCCAGGCACUGCUCUAAGUGCUUUAUGUAUAUUGACUUAUUUCAUCCUCAUGAACAUCCUCAUCCUACUAAUUAAGAAACAGAAUAACCUUCCAGGAUCACACAUGUAGUAAGUUGUGGAACCAGCCUGGUUCCAGAGUCUGUGUUCUUAUCACUCUGAUCUGCCACCUAUCACUGAUAACCGUUACCAUAUAUUAAGUGCCUUUUGUGUGUCAGGCAUUGGGCUAGGGGUUUACUUCGGAUAUCUCAUUUUAUCCUGACUGACAACCCAAUGUAGUAGAUACUAGCCCUAUUUUACAGAUGAAGAGACUGAAACUUGAUAGUGAUCUUCCACAGCUGGAUUCUGCCUAACCCCAAAGCUCAUUCUUUCCCAAGUUCACUGUGUUAGAAAAUCUUUUGGGGCACGAUCAUCCAACAGAUGUUUACUGAGCACCUAUUGUGUGCAAAGUGAAAAUUGUGUCCUGAGGAGAGCCCCUGGGAUGAUGUUGGGAGCCUCAGUUCCUAAGUCACCUACACCCUGACUCUGACCCACGGCAGGCAGCUUGCUGGCUGAGGUUCAACUGUAAAAGGAGUUUAAACUUAACCAGGAUUUCUCCUUCCUGGAGAUUCUUCUGUGGUGAGGCUGUCUGAAUUUGGCACCUAGUGGUUAAAUGACUUCCUCCAGCUCUCACAAUCUAAAUCUUGGUAUUAGGCAGGAUUCCUGCCAGUAAGGUGAUGUCUUUUUUAAUAGAAAAGGCUCACAAAAUCCAGGAUAUUGAUUGGGAACUGUAUCUCCUGGUAGAAAGGCAACAGGAAAGAGGAAGAGGGAGGUCAGAGCCCUUUCAGUAAUGAUGGGCUUGGUUCUCUUUGUCCCCAACUCCCACCCCACACUCUCUAGUGAGAGGCCAAGGCCUCAGAUUAGAGGAUAAGCUAACAUCUCAGUCACCUUACUUACUCCUCAGUCCAGGCAGGAGGUGCCGGCAGACCAGAGGCUCCUGUCUAAAAAUUGGGAAGGGAACAGGACACCCAACCUCAGAGUUCCCUCAUUCUGGCGUAGAGUGGAAAAGUAUACUGGACUGGUUGCUAAGAGCCCACCUUUUCAAUGACUAACCAAGUAAUCUGGGAGACAUUAAUUGUCUGGCUCUCAGUUUCUAUAUUUGCCAGAUGGAAUUAUCUCCACUAUGAGGCCCUCUGAAAUGUUGAUCAUCUCUAACCUGUCUGGAUUCUUUUGAUUCUCAAACUGAAUCUUCUAGCCCUGACUUGUCCUGAGUACAGAUCCCCAUUUCCGUUUGCUUAUGUUGCCCCUGGCUCAACUGCAUGGGCCCCUCCAUGUCCAUCAGGACUCUAUUCACACCAAGUUGACUGAAAUGACCCUUGCCCUCCAGUAAGUUAAGUGGAGGAGAAGAACAUCAUUAUGGUACAUCACAAUGAUAGAAAUGAGUGCACAGUGCUAGGCAGGGAAGCAGGUAGUCCAGGGAAGGCUUCCUGUCAGGGGUGAUGCCUGAGCUGAAGAAUGAGAAGUAAUUAGCCAGUCAAGCAGAGAAUGGUGGGAAGAAUAUUCCAAGCCAAGGCAAUAACAUGAAUACAACAGAGGUGUAAAAAAGCAUGUGCAUAUAGAGAAAGGCAAGCAAUUUACUAUAACUGGAGCUUUGACUUUCACCUGGGGUAAACAUAUACAGACUCUUAGAAUAUGUAAUUUGAUAAGGCAUAUGAUCGUAAUUGAUUAGCUUUUAGGAAUAAUACUUAUUUUAAAAACUCUAGCUAAUGCAGAAUAUGUAAUUAUGAUGUUUGUGAAAAGGCUGGACUUUAUCCCAUGAAGAAAAGGAACCAUUAAAAGGUUUUAAGCAGACAAUGGAAUGAUCCAACUUGCUUUAAAAAAAAUCCCUUUGGCAAUCUUGGACUGUGGAGGGGUGGGUGGACACUGAAGCCAGGAAGACCAGUGAGGAAAUUACUCCAGGGGGCACUGUAUGAACCAGAGAUGGGGAGGGCAUCAUUAUCUUCUAAUGCCUCAUUGAAUGUCACUUUCCCUAAGGAAGCCUUCACCCAACUCUAGUCAACUCUGAUCUUUCUUUUAAAGGGCAGAAAUUUCGGGCUGUUUCCAGGAGGCAGAGCCAUGGGGUCAGCCACUCGUACAACCCAAGAGACAGUAGACUCUAGCCCCCUUUCAGCCUUCAACUCUCAAAAUAGCUCACCUUCCCAGGCCAUCUACUUCCCUAUAGGAUUACAUUGUAAUGCCAACACUCACCCAUGAAUGUGGUAAGAGAGACAAUAAGACUCAUUUUAUAUUUCCUUGUCAGGAGUUCAACCUUCCCCACGUACCAUUCCAUUCCAUUAUACACAGGCUUUCAAGUUUAUCUCCCUAAAGUCCUGUCUUCACCAUCCGUUGGCUUCCCAUUGUUUAUCAAACCCUCUGAAUUUCAAGGAUUCCCAGAAUCUGGCCCAACCUGGACACACUGGGCUGUGGUGGAAAAAGGAUGUGCCUGGAAGUUGAGAUGGCCAGUAAUUUAAUUCCACCUCUGGUUUUGAACUGGUUAGUUUAUACUCCUUUGCCUCAAUUUUAUUAUCUGUCAAAAGAAGAUAUAAUUCCUACCUUAUAGAGUUGUUGGGAGGAAUUGUAGCUGGUGUUUUUAAAGAACUUAAUUCAGUGUUUGGCAGUCAAGGUGAUUAGUAAAUGUAGUUAAUUUUACCUAGUCACAAUUUGCCCAGUAGGUCCUGUAACCUUAAAUAGAAGUACAGGAAAAGUAAGCCUUUGAAGCAAUUGGAGAGAUUAUUUCGAAUUGGAGAAGGAAAUUGAGUUAGCUUCACAAGGGAGGUGGUGUUUGAAGGACAUGGGGAGAUGGCUGAGUCAAUAAGGGUGGUAGGCCUUAAACUCCUUCGUAGGACGUACAACCAAAUCUAUGAGAAAGUUGCUGAAAGGUGCCACAGUAUCUAUGCCAGUUCAUUAUCAGCAGUCCAAUUGUACAGCAGUUUAUCGAAGACUCUUUUGCAUCAGGCCUUGUGCAGGACACUGGAGGCUUUGACCCUCAAGGAGCAUGUACAUAGUACAUAGACAUGGAAACCUAAGUACAACAUACUGGGAUAAACACAAUGUUAAGAAUAUGCACGGGGUGCUAUGGAAGCAUGAAGAAAAGACCCAACCCAGUCUGAGGAGCAGGAAAGGCUUCGGGAAGAGUAACACCUGAAUUGAAUCUCAGAGUAUUCACCAGGCAAGGAGAGGCAGAGGGAUUAGUUGAAAUAAAGCAUUUUAAGCAAAAGAGACAGCAUAAGCAAAAGUACAGCCAUAAAGCAGCCAGGUAUAUGUGGGUGGAACUACAAACCCUUGAGUUGGGUAAGGUGGCAAGUCUUGGGAGAUGAAGCUGAAGAGGUUAGCACAAACCGUAUCAUGGGGGCUGAAUUUAUGCUCCAGAAUGUUCUACCUGGCAAUCCUUGGGGUAAGGGAAACACUGAAAAGAACUAGCAUGGACACCAGUGUAAAGGUGAUUGUAUGAUUCCAGUUAAGAUGUAAUGUCUAAGCCAGGGCAGUCACUAUGAAAAUACCAGAGAUGUUAACCCACACUUUUUUUUUCCUAAUGUUUUACUAUGAUCAUUUUCAAAAAUCCAGAAAAGUCAAAAUAAUUCUACUGUGAACAUCCAUAUAUCAUCUAGGUUCUACACUUAGCAUUUCACUGUACUUCUUUAUCACACAUCCAUCCCUCCAUCAUUCAUCGACCCAUCUUAUUUUUUUUAUGCGUUUCAAAAUUAGUUACUGACAUCAGUACUCAGGCUCUUAAACAUUUCGGCAUGCAUGUCGUUAACUAGAGUUCAAUAUUUGUGAUUAUUUCUUAGGUAAAGUAUACAUACAAUGCAAUGCACACAUAUUAAGAGUAUAAUUUCAUGAGUUUUGACAAAUGUCUAUACUUGUGUAACCCACACCCCAUCAAGAUACAGAACAUUAUCACUCCUGAAAGUUCCCAUGUGUCCCCAAUCACAACACUUCUCCUUUCCAGAGUAGGCUUUGAGUUUGAAAGGGUAGAAUUUGGGCCAUGUUAAAAUAGACAUUCCAGGUAGAAGGAGGCUGGUGGCUCCCCAGCAAAAGCAUGGAGAUAGGUAACCAGGGGAGAUGCACAAGCAUUACAGUGACCUUGGAUGGUUGCCUUUUAGUGUCCUAUGGAGCCUUAUGGUGGAUCAGUGAUGAAACAGUGAAGCAGAGGCAUUAAGGAACAUUUGGAUCCUCAGGAGCUAACAGUCCAAUAGGCUAGAAGUCCAAAUUCAGGAUGCCAGCUCCAGGGGAAGGUUUUCUCUCUGCCGGCUCUGGAGGGAGGUCCUCGUCAUCAGUCUUCCCUUGGUCUGAGCACAUCUCCGCACAGGAACCUCAGGUCCAAAAAACAUGCUCUGCUCUCAGUGCUGCUUUCUUGAUAGUAUGAGGUCCCCAUGUCUCUCUGCUUGCUUCUCUCUUUUAUAUCCCAAAAGAGAUUGGCUAAAGACACUAUCUAAUCUUGUAGACCAUAUCAAUAUAACUGCUGCUAAUCCAUCUUAUUACGUCAUAGUGAUGGGAUUUACAACACAUAGUGAAAUCACAUCAGAUGAUAAAAUGGUAGACAGUCAUACAAGGGAAUCAUGACCUAGCCAAGUUGACAGAUAUUUUGGGGGGACACAAUUCAACCCAUGAUAGGCAUCUAUACAAAACCAACAGCCAACAUCAUUCAUAAUGGAGAGAGACUGAAAACCUUCCCCUUGAGAACAGGAACAAGAUAAGAAUGCCCUUUGUCACCACUCCUAUUUAACAUUGUGCUGGAAGUCCUAGCUAAAGGAAUAAGGCAAGAAAAAGAAGUAAAGGGCAUCCAAAUUGGUAAGGAAGAAGAAGAACUGUCCCUAUUUGCAGAUGAUAUGCUCCUAUACAUAGAAAACCCAAAAGACUAAUCACUAACUUUAUGUGGAAAGGGAAGAGAUCCCAGAUAAGUAAAGCACUAUUGAAGAAGAAUAAAGUAGAAUGCCUUGCACUACCUGACCUCAGAACCUACUAUACAGCUAUGGUAGUCAAAACAGCCUGGUACUGGUACAAUGACAGACACAUUGACCAAUGGAACAUAAUUGAGAACCCAGAUGUAAAUCGAUCUAUCUAUGGUCACCUGAUUUUUGACAAAGGCCCAAAUUCCAUCAAAUGGGGAAAAGUCUUUUUAACAAAUGGUGCUGGCAAAACUGAAUGUGCAUCUGCAAAAAAAAUAAAUGAAACAAGAUCCAUACCUCGCAACAUACACAAAAAAUUCAAAAUGGAUCAAAGACCCAUAUAUUAAACCAAAAUAUAUAAAGAUCAUAGAAGAAGAAAAUAGGGUCAAUUUUAGAGGCCCUAGUACAUGGCAUUAACAGGAUACAAACCAUAACUAAUAAUACACAAACACCAGAAAAUAAGCUAGAUAGUGGAAAUCUUCUAAAAAUUAAACACGUAUGGUCAUCAAAAGACUUCACCAAAAAAGUAAAAAGAGAACCUACAGACUGGGAAAAUAUUUUUUGGCUAUGGCAAAUCCGACAAAGGUCUGAUCUCUAAAAUAUACUGGAAAGCCCAACACCUCUACAACAAAAAGACAAAUAAUCCAAUUAAUAAAUAGACCAAGGAUAUGAACAGACACUUCACCAAAGACGACAUUCAAGCAGCUAACAGAUAACAUGAGGCAGUGCUCGUGAUCACUAAACCCACUGCUGUCAAGUCGAUUCCAACUCAUAGCGACCCUAUAGGACAGAGUAGAACUGCCCCAUAGUUUCCAAUGAAAGCCAUUAGAAAAAUGCAAAUCAAAACCAUAAUGACAUGCCAUCUCAGGCCAACAUUAACUCAUGAAUCAAAAAAAAAAAACGGAGAGGCUGCAGGAAGACUGGAACGCUUAUGCACUGCUGGUGGGAAUGCAAAAUGGUACAACCAUUUUGAAAAACGAUAUGGUGCUUCCUUAAAAAGCUAGAAAUAGAAGUGCCUUAUGAUCCAGCAAUCCCACUUCUAGGAAUAUAUCCUAGAAAAAUAAGAGCCGUCACAUGAAUAAACAUAAGCACACCCAUGUUAGUUACAGCAUUGCUCACGAUUGCAGAAAGAUGGAAACAACCUAGGUGCCCAUCAACAGAUGAAUGGAUAAACAAAUAUGGUAAUACACACAAUGGAAUACUACGCAAUAAUAAAGAACAAUGAUGACUGUGAAGCAUCUCACAACAUGGAUGAAUCUGGAGGGCAUUAUGGUGAGUGAAGUCAAUCACAAAAGGACAAUACUGUAAGAGAAUACUACUAUAAAAACUCAUGGGAAGGUUUACACACACACACACAAAAGCUUUUGAUGAUUAUGAGGAAGUGGAUAAGUGGGAGGGAAAAAAUUAAGACAAUAGGUAAGUGGUAAAUUUGGUGAAGGAUAAGACAGUACACAAUACUGGGAAAGCCAGCAAAACUGGUCCAAGGCAAGGCAAGGUCAUGGAAGCUCCAUAGACACAUCCAAACUUUCUGAGGGUCCAAAUUACUGGACUGAGACCUGUGGGGACCAUAGUCUUAGGGAACAUCUUGUUCAAUUGGCAUAUAUACUUAGUUUAUAAAGAAAUGUGGAGGUGGGGCCAAGAUGGCAGAGUAGGCAGACACUUCUGGUGAACCCUCUUAAAGACCCCAAAAAACAAGUGAAACGAUUAUAUUUAUGACAAGCUACAAGCCCUGAACAUCAAAGGCAAUGUUAGAAAAUGGACUGAGUGGUAAGGGGAGGGAGAGACAGUUCAGAAUUGGAGAGAAGUUGCCAGACCUGAAUUGCUGGGAACCCUCAAGCUACGGUGGCCUGGUGGUAUUGUUCGGCUGAGGUUUCCUCAGGGAGAAACAGCCAGCUGCGCAGCCUACUAACACCUCUGAAACCAGAGAAGAAUGGCGCUCUCAGCAAAAGCUAAGUACUUGCAUAUAUUUUACCACACCCCCAGCCCCAAAGCCGGCUUCAGUGGCUAUCGAUUUCCCUGGGCCUGAGAUAGGUACUGUUGUGUGCCCUGAGCCUAUCUCCUGUACUUUGAGAAGGAAUAACUUCACAAUUGGGGAAAAGAUAAUCUGCCAGAUCCACAAACCUGGGGAGCUCAGGACAGUAGUGGCUCCCGUCCAGGCAUAAAUGGUCCACGGUCUUUAAAUAAAUUUCCCCUCUGCAUGGACAUGUGUGGACGUAUUUCAGGAGAAUAAGCCCUUGUUGGCAGACUGCAAUUGUUCCAUCUGUGUGUUGGAGAGGUGGGUAUUUGAUGUUUGACACCACUUUGCCAAUUAAACAGGGUCCUCACCUACCCAUAUCAGGGGCCUAAGGACUGGUGGCUCAGUCAGGUCACCCAGCCACCCGUGACAGUGGUCCAAGGAUAACUGGUACCUCCCAGUCCUUACAACCAAAACUAUUGGUUGCCCAAGGUCUGUCUGAAGAACCCACCCGCCUGUGUGCUCUAGGGAACAGGGACGUGCUUUCCUCACAGACACUCAGGGCAUGGUUGUCAGCCCCCUACCUUGAUAGAGCAUGAUCCCCUGCUGCAACCACUUGCCAGCACCUACACCAAUCACCCCUGCCCCUCUAAGACUGUAGGACAGAGCCUGUACCAAACACUUGACCAACUACCUGGACACCUGAGCUGAAGCCACACAAGAAAAGUAAAAGGACUCCUAGGCUAAUGUGCCUGGUAACAGCUCUAGCCAUCUGAUGACAGAGCGUUAGAGCUUCAAAGGCGAAAAUAAGCUAGCUCACUCAAGCAACCUAUUUGGACAUAUCAUAACAAAACAUGGCAAGAAGCUAGGAUAUAGUAAUCAAGCAUAAACUAAUACAAUAACUUAUAGAUGGCACAGAGACAAAAAUAAACAGUCUAUCAAAUCACAUAAAGAAGCAGAUCAUGAUCACCUCAACAAGCUCUCAAAACAAAGAAGGGAUCUUCUGGAUGAAGGUGCCUUCCUGGAAUUACCAGAUGCAGAAUACAAAAGCUGAAUAUACAGAACUCUUCAAGACAUCAGGAAUGAGAUCAGGAAGGAGAUCAGGCAAUACGCAGAAGAAGGCAAGGAACACACAGAUAAAGCAGUAGAGAAAUUAAAAAGGUUAUACAAGAACAUAAUGAAAAAUUUAAUAAGUUGCAAGCAUCCAUAGACAGCAAUCAGAAAUUCAGAAGAUUAACAAUAAAAUUACAGAUUUAGACAACUCAAUAGAAAGUCAGAGGAGCAGAAUUGAGCAAGUGAAAGGCAGAAUUGGUGAGAUUGAAGAUAAAGCAUUUGGCACUGAUAUAUUUGAAGAAAAAUUAGACAAAAGAAAUUUAAAAAAAGGAAGAAAUCCUAAGAAUCAUGUGGGACUCUAUCAAGAGAAAUAACUUACGAGUGAACGGAGUACAAGAACAGGGAGGGAGAACAGAGAGAAUUGUUGAAGAUUUGUUGGCAGAAAACUUUCCUGAUAUCGUGAGAUGACAAGAUAUCCAAGAUGCUCAUCAAACUCCACAUAAGGUAGAUCUUAAAAGAAAGUCACCAAGACAUUUAAAUUAAACUUGCCAAAACCAAAGGUAAAGAAUUUUAAGAGCAGCUAGGGAUAAACAAAAAGUCACCUACAAAAAGUCACCUACAAAGGAGAGUCAAUAAGAAUAACCUCAGACUACUCAGCAGAAACCAUGCAGGCAAGAAGGCAGUGGGAUGACUUAUAUAAAGCAUUGAAGGAAAAAAAUUCCAACCAAGAAUCAUAUAUCUGACAAAACUGUCUCUCAAAUAUGAGGUGAAAUUCAGACAUUUCCAGAUAAACAGAACUUUAGGGAAUUUGUAAAAACCAAACUAAAACUACAAGAAAUACUAAAGGGAGUUCUUUGGUUAGAAAAUCAACAAUAUCAGAUAUCAACUCAAGACUAGAACACUGGACAGAGCAAUCAGAUGUCAACCCAGAUAGAGAAAUCACAAAAAUAAAUCAAGAUUUAAAAAAAAAAAAAAAA